CUCUGUUGCUUCCAAUGCUCCAUCCUUGACCCGCCAUAGUAGCGUCCAAUUUUGCGUACUACACAAUCUUCCACUAAAAUCUCCGGGCUCCCUCCUCGCCCUUUACCCUCCGGUUUGAAUAUUCUAAAUCCUUCGUUCUUGGACUGUCUCGAGGUUGAUUCGUUCGGCAGAGACAUGCGUAAUCCCAAAUUGACCUGUCAAACACAAUUUUCCCAAAUGCGGCACCCCUCUAAAUCGGCAACACCAUUCCACUCUAGCAUUCCACCUCUCUCUACGAGCCUCGCGUUCUAGUUCAGGCUAUCUUUUUACCUCUUUCAAGACCCUGACCAAUCCCUCCCUUCCCCGUUCGUGUUCCUUUUGAGUCACCUCAAAGACCACCAUCUAGCUAGCAUUUCUGUGUCGUCAGCUCAUGGCGCUACGAUUCGCUCGGCUGUUCCGGCGGGACCGCCUGGCGUUUUCUUGCCACGUGUAGGAGCGUUUCCUCAAAUCUUUCUGUCGAACAAGCUCGCGCCCCAAGCGCCGCACUCCAGGCAAUCAGUCGGCCGAUUUGGGACCAGACAGCCGGCGCCGUUCGCCACUGCUUACAGGAACGGCGAUUAGGGUCGCGUUCCUUGAGUGGUGCUUUUGAGGCGCAAGAGAAACUCGUUCCGUGAGAUUAUUGUUUGGCGAGAGUAGCUCGCGCGGCACAACGCAUUGCGCUCGCUCCUCAGUGCCACUAGGGCCUCGCGGUUCCAGCGGCGCGUAUAGCGUCGCACCUCAGUUGUGAGACAAGCAGUUGUCGUGGGGGCUGGGCUCGUCGGGGCUGCCUCUCCCUAGUGGAGUGCGAGCGUCGUUACUUGGCGCGCAGCGGCGCAUCGAUCUCCGUGUGGUGGCGCCAUGGGCAAGAGGGCGGUGAAGAAGUCCGUGUCAGAGUACAAGUGCGAGCGGCUCAACCAAAUCGUCAAAGUGGGCGACACGGUGAUGCUCCGCCCGCCCGCGGAGGACACCCCGCCGUACGUGGCGCGCGUGGAGGCGAUCGACGUGGAGCGCGCGGACACCAAGGUGCGCCUGCGGUGGUUCUACCGGCCCGAGGAGAGCCUGGGCGGGCGGCGCAACUUCCACGGGUCGAAGGAGCUGUUCCUGUCGGACCACUUCGACGUGUGCAGCAUGGACGCCGUGGAGGGCGUGUGCCGCGUGCACUCGUUCAAAAGCUACGUCAAGCUCGGGGCUGUGGAGGCGGAGGACUACUUCUACCGCUUCGAGUACAAGGCCGCCACCGGCACGUUCAAACCCGACCAUGUCGCCGUGUACUGCGUGUGUGAGAUGCCGUACAACCCGGACGACCUCAUGGUGCAGUGCGACAGCUGCAAGGACUGGUUCCACCCCACGUGCAUCCACCUGACGCCAGAGCAGGUGAAGAAGAUGACUCAGUUCGUGUGUGACAAGUGCCUCGCCGAGGGGCAGAUCCUUGGGGGCAAGCCACAGCCCGUGCCUGCUACUGAGUCUAGCACGCUCACUGGGGAGCGUAACUCCAAGCGCUCCAAGCGGUGACGGUCCUGAGCCGCUCUUGAGUCAACUCAGAAGCACACCCGCUCAGGCACACACUGUGUUCUCCCCUUUUCCUUUCUGCUUGGGGAAGGGGAGGGGAGGGGAGGGGAGGGGAGGGAAGGGGAGGAGGGAGGGGGUGAUGUCCCUGCAUGAUUGCUUCCCCCAAGCCUCUCCUUUUCCCUGAUUGAACGUCGUGCCGCUCCCUUGCGCACACUAUCCCUUCCCCCCUGCUCCUACGCUGUGCAUCUCCUACAAUUCCCAAUGCUCUCUGACUCCCCAGAAAGACCUACCCUCUUCUGUUCCUUCACCCAGUGCUCGCACCCCCUUCUCCUUGCUCCUCCUGUCCUUGCGUCACCUAUUCCUCUGGAGGUGGUGCUAGAAUGUCUUGGGAGGGUUGCCUUGUCAGGAGGGCACAGGAGCAGGGGUGUUGGUGAAUUAUUCCUUGCAAAUGGGGCAGUCAUUCGGGUCAAAUCGCAGCAACACGUUCACUGGCCUAACCCUUGGGUGUACAAGGUUUGGCUAACUGCAUGAAGAUCAUGUGCUGUAGUGGUAUGUAGAACCAUGGUUUGGGGUCCUAAAGGGUAUUUUUGCUGGUAAAUUGUCCAUGGGGAAUCUGUCAGUGGGAUUUUAUUGUACACGAACCACAUGCAGUGGCUGGCAAGCUGCAGCUUUUUUCGUUAGCCUUUUUCUAUGGUAAGGUGGCUUUGGUGCAGUGCAGGCUUCAAGCAGAGUUUGAAGCAGUAGUCAAGCAGAUGCUGCACUUGAUGUUGUACACUUCAAUUUUUAAUCAUGUUAACCUAGUAAAAA